UUCACUCCUUCACUUUCCAUCAUUUGCAACACUCAUUGCCACUGUUAUUGUCUCUUCCUUUCAUCUCAACAAAUUUCCUCUCUUUCUCUCUUUUCCUUUCAACCCAUUUCUGAAAGGAAGAAGAAAAAGUGGAGGGCACUCUUCGAAAAACCCUAUCCAACCUUGGCUUUUUGGUUGAAAGUUUCUUAUCAAAAUGACUUUUGAAAGAAACUCUCCGGCAAGAUGCUACAUGACACCACCGCCGUCUUCAUGGAAGUCAAGACCUUUACGUUCUCCCACCGUGCAUUUUUCAGAGAGAAAGAAAUCACCUGGUUCUGUUCAUAAAGAUGAUCUUUUUCAUGUCAUUCAUAAGGUUCCUUCUGGGGAUUCUCCUUAUGUUAAGGCCAAACAGGUUCAGUUAGUGGAAAAAGAUCCAGGUAGAGCUAUUUCCCUUUUCUGGGCUGCCAUUAAUGCGGGUGAUCGCGUUGAGAGUGCUUUGAAGGACAUGGCUUUAGUUAUGAAGCAAUUGAACCGGUCCGAUGAGGCAAUCGAAGCAAUCAAGUCUUUCCGCCAUCUCUGCCCUUCUGAUUCUCAGGAAUCUCUUGACAACAUAUUGGUUGAAUUGUAUAAGAGGUCAGGAAGGGUUGAUGAAGAGAUUGGCAUGCUUCAUCACAAGUUGAAGCAAAUUGAAGACGGUAUGACAUUUGUGGGAAGGUCGACAAAGCAAGCAAGAUCCCAAGGGAAGAAAAUUCAAAUAACCGCUGAACAAGAGAUAUCGAGGAUACUAGGGAACUUGGCUUGGGCUUAUUUGCAAAAAGGCGACUAUAAAAUCGCUGAGGAACAUUAUAGAAAAGCACUUUCCUUUGAGGUUGAUAGGAACAAACAAUGCAAUUUGGCAAUAUGUUUAAUGCAAAUGAACAAGAUUACAGAAGCAAGGUUUCUACUUCAGGCAGUAACCGCAGCAACAAAAAACAGAAAAAUGGACGAUUCUUUCGUCAAGUCUUUUGAACGCGCUACACAGAUGCUGCAAGAGAUGGAAUCAACACCAUUAGUAGAUCCAGUCAAAGAUAAAUUUAUAGAAACUCAGAGAUUUUCAGGGAAGAAUAUGUCAUCACAAUACUCCGCACCGAAUUCGGAGAACUCUACCGGGAAGAACUCAGAUAAUUUGGUUAAAAGUAGGACAGAAAAUAAUUGGUCUACCGGAAAGAACUCAGAUAAUAUGGUUAAAAGUAGGACAGAAAAUAAUUGGUCUUUGCCUUCUGAUUCCGAAGAAUCUCGUCAUUCUCACGCAAGGAGAAGAUUAUACGAGUCUCCUGAUCCGAAUGUUCCUUACGGAAAACCAAAACGAUCAUCUUGGGGUUUCAAUCAUCAUUCAGAUUCUAAACCUUCACCUCUGACUUAUCCUAAUGAGAAGGUUCCAUACAUAAUUAAGCCAAACUCAACACAGAACGAGUUUUUUCCGCAUACCAAUCCAAGUUGGAGAACAAGGACAUUUGAAGAUGAUACUGCAAUAGUAAAAUGUGGACCUACAACAACAGUAAAGCAAGGAAAUACAAUAACCAUGUACGGUUCUGGUACGAUACAUCCUAAGAACAUGGAUACGGCUAUGAAAUUCACAAAGAAUGACGACGACGACAACAAAUCUGAUACAAAUUUGCACGGCGUAGUUGUGAAUGGAGCCAAUGAAUUUGCAGCUUCUGUUGAUAGAACAGACCAACAAAAUCAAGAUGAAAAACCAGUUGAGAAGAAGAGUUGGGCAGACAUGGUAGAAGAAGAUCAACAAACUGAAGAAUACGAAUUCUUCAACAAUGGAUAUACAAACUUCGAUGCUGAAAUGUUUAGUAACGAAAACGAAGACUCAAACAUAGUCUAUCAAGAUGAAAGUUUAAACAAAAAGCUUGAAUUAUUGAACUUGAAGAAUGGAUAUAAUGCUGCACCUGUUAUAGAUCCUUUAUCAAGGAAUCCAACGGUAAGGCGUUCGUUGUUUACGAAUCCGGGUGAAAGGGAUUUAUUCUCUGGAGAAGAUAAGCUAACAAGAAGAGUUAGGUUGCAGGUUUUUCAGGAUAUUACUUCCUCAUCCUGAAAACAACAUUUGCCUAAGAUUUAUUUGCCUCUUGAAGUGACCAAAAAUGUUCUUAUUAUAUUUUGAUACUGAUGAUAGAUAGAAGAGAAGGAGGAUAAUUAGUAUUGUUAUGAUUUUAUUAGAUUCUUUUGAUUACAGGAUCAUGAUGGUUAGUUAGCAUUCAAUGAAGGCAUUUUUUUGUUUGAUUAGUAGCUUAGUUUAUUCUUUCUUUCAUUAUAUUCAUGUGUUUGUAAUUAGUCUUUGUAAAUCCAUGAUUCUGCAGUAUACAUUUAUCAAUAGUUCUUUCAUUCAUUA